UCCUCUGAGUAGUUCUUUCUUUCUCUGAGACCUGUGACUCGGCCCUGCUGAUAGCAAGAUGUCUUCAGGAAAUGCAAAAAUUGGGCAUCCUGCCCCCAACUUCAAAGCCACAGCUGUUAUGCCAGAUGGACAAUUCAAAGAUAUCAGCCUAAGUGAUUACAAAGGAAAAUAUGUCGUAUUCUUCUUUUACCCUCUGGAUUUUACUUUUGUGUGGCCCACUGAGAUCAUUGCUUUCAGUGAUAGGGCAGAAGAAUUUAAGAAACCGAACUGCCAAGUGAUUGGAGCUUCUGUGGAUUCUCACUUCUGUCAUCAGGCAUGGGUUAAUACACCCAAGAAACAAGGAGGAUUGGGACCUGUGAACAUUCCUUUGGUAUCGGAUCCCAAGUGCAGUAUUGCUCAGGAUUAUGGAGUCUUAAAGGCUGAUGAAGGUAUCUCUUUCAGGGGCCUCUUUGUUAUUGAUGAUAGAGGUAUCCUUCGACAGAUCACUGUAAAUGAUCUUCCUGUUGGCCGCUCUGUGGAUGAGACUCUGAGACUAGUCCAGGCUUUCCAGUUCACUGACAAACAUGGUGCAGUGUGCCCAGCUGGCUGGAAACCUGGCAGUGGUACCGUCAAGCCUGAUGUCCAAAAGAGCAAAGACUAUUUCUCUAAGCGGAAGUGAAUACUGGACCGUUGUUCUGCCAGGCUGCAUUGGGCAGCCAGAAGAAAAUCUCCUGUAGUCUAUUUGUGCUUAAAAACAAAACUUGGUGUUAUCCAAGACAUGCCUUUCCUGCAGUGCUAGGGGGUGGGGGUUGACCUGAGCUGGGUUGUGGGUAGACUCUAUGAUACACCUGUUGCAGAAAUCAGCCUGUUCUUUUUGUAGUAUCUAUUAAACUUGAAAA